GGGAGCGCAGUAUCAUCUCCCUCUCAACGGGCGCGUUGUCUCGCCUAUUGUUUGAGCCGACUAGUGUGUUACCCCCCCCCCACACACACACACACACACCCCUCACCCCCCCAUCUCCUCGGUCGACUCAUUUUUUUUAUUUCGGAUACUCGUUUGAAGGAGAGAACCGUUUAUGGUCCUGGCUGAAGACUUCACGAUGUCUCGCACCGACGAGGUUCACCGCAUGACGGAAAAUGUCUAUAAGACCAUCAUGGAGCAGUUCAACCCCUGCUUACGGAACUUUGUUGCCAUGGGGAAGAACUACGAGAAGGCCCUUGCCAAUGUGACGUUUGCUGCCAAAGGGUACUUUGAUGCUCUGGUCAGGAUGGGGGAGCUGGCUAGUGAAAGUCAAGGAUCCAAAGAUUUAGGGGAUGUGCUGUUCCAGAUGGCGGAGGUCCACAGACAGAUCCAAGUGCAGCUAGAGGAGAUGUUGAAAUCCUUCCACAAUGAGCUGCUCUCUGAACUGGAGAAGAAGGUGGACCUGGAUUCUCGUUAUCUGACUGCUGCCCUGAAGAAAUACCAGAUCGAACACAAGAGCAAAGGGGAAAGUCUGGAGAAGUGCCAGGCCGAGCUGAAGAAGCUGCGCAGAAAGAGCCAGGGCAGCAAGAACCCCUCCAAGUACGGGGAGAAGGAGAUGCAGUUUGUGGAGACCAUCAGCAGUAAGCAGACUGAGCUGGACACCUUCAUCGCCGAGGGAUACAAGACGGCCUUGUCUGAGGAGCGUCGCCGGUACUGUUUCCUGGUGGACCGCCAGUGUGCCGUGGCCAAGAACAGCAGCGCCUACCACGGCAAGGGUAAAGACCUUCUGACUCAGAAGAUCCCAGUUUGGCAACAGGCUUGCUCAGACCCCAACAAGCUGCCAGAGAGGGCCAUGCUCCUGGCCCAGCAGAUGGGCUCAACGGCCCUCGGGGGCACAAGCCCCCUGCAUACCUCCAAAUCUAACUUGGUCAUCUCAGACCCGAUCCCCGGGGCUCAGCCUCUCCCUGUGCCCCCAGAGCUGGCUGUUUUCAUGGGGAGUGGCCUGGGACACCCAGCGAGGCUGAUUGGCCCCGAUGGCGUGUCUAUGGUAAACGGGACAACAGGUGUCCACGGAGAGGAAUAUUGGACGGACGGCGGUACUAUAUCUGUGCCCCAAGUCAGGCCUUCAUCCCCUCAGACCCAGGCGCAAGGCCAGUCCCAGCCUCAGCCUCAGAGGCAGGUCAGCGAUGUCUACUCCAACACCCUCCCUGUCCGCAGGCCUGCCCCCGCCAAGAAUAAGAACCCCGUGGGAGAGACACGAACCCUGCCCAGGUCCAGUUCCAUGGCAGCGGGCCUGGAAAAGAACGGGCGUGCUCGUGUGCAGGCCAUCUUCUCCCACGCUGCAGGCGACAACGGCACCCUGCUCAGUUUCUCUGAGGGAGACGUCAUCACCCUGCUUGUGCCUGAGGCCCGCGAUGGCUGGCACUAUGGGGAAAAUGAGAAGAACAAGAUGCGCGGCUGGUUCCCAUUCUCCUACACGCGUGUGCUGCCCGAGAGCGACAGCGAGAAGCUCAAAGUGAACCUGCACCAUGGGAAAAGUAGCAGUACGGGGAAUUUGUUGGAGAAUGAUGCAUCACUGCCCACACCUGACUAUGGCCUGACUGCCCGACUGCUGGCACAGAGCCUAGCGCAGACCCGCCCACGGCCCUACAGCAUGGCCGGCUUUGCCCCACAGCCUGCUAUUGAGGAUUAUGACGCCCGCUUUGCCACAAGUUUGGGUCCAGAAUUGUCCCGGUUCUGAGGGAACAGGACCUCCUGACCGUUCCCUGGAGUUCUACCUCCGGCCCACCUUCACUGAUGACCGAUCUGCUCCCAUCUUCUACUAGCGGCCCGCUGCCCCCUUUUGUCCACUAAUGGGCCCUUUUUUUGAAGGAGAGAGAGAGAACAUGGCCAACAUUGACACAUUUCAGUUGUAUGAUGUCAUCGCGAGAGGGCCCAGUAGCGUGUCACAUUACUAAAGAAGUUUCUUUGCUGUGGAAAUUUCCAGGUUAAUUCUCGUGCAAAUAUUUUUGAAAUUUCUCAGCCUGAACAUUCAAUUGCAUUCAAUCGUGAUAGUAGAUGUUAUGAGUUAUUUAGACCGUACCAGUUGUUACGGUAUGGCUAAUAGGUUUUUACUAGUAAUGCAGUCACAUUAUUAUUUAUCUGCAUUCAUGCGAUGGGAUUUAUUUUGUUCUUCAACACUAUACACUGUAAAUUUAAUUUGAGGAUUAUUUGCAUUAAUGAGCAGUGAAGGGACACAUAGUUUGUUUUUUAAUGCGGCUUGAGGGAGGGGGGGGGGACCGAUUGUGGACAACAGUUCAGUGCAUCACUGUAAUAUGCACAGUGUUGAUUGGAUGCUGCAACAAAUAGCUAGAAUGGGUCAGUUGGUAAGUAAACUAUGCUUUUGUUAAAUGAUAUAAUAUAGUGAUAUAUUUACUAGGUGUGAUACAGUUACCCAUAUUUUCAAUGUGGGAACUGUGCCUUCUAUUUCUUUUCUUUUUUUUAAUAUAUAUAAAUAUAUAUAAAAAUAAUGCUUCAUGCAGCAUUGACCCAAUCAUUAUGUAAACUGGUUUGAGGGCUUAUGCAUCAUAGCUCAAUUUUUUUUUUUCUAUUCCUGAAAAUAUAAGUGGGAUUAUUUCCCUUUAUUGUUUUGCUUGUAAUAUCAGGACUUUUGUUGCUUAGCAAGCUCCUCCAGCACAGUGCGAUAUCACUGAAAUGCAAUACUAUUUUUGCUAUUCUUUCCUCGUCUUUAAAUUUCAGUAAUGUCGGAGCUGCCAGAUAUCCAAGAGAUGAAAUACAGUGCAUACAUAAUGGGUCUUUUAAAAAAAAAUAUAUAUAUAUAUUUAGCUUUGAGGGAGUGGUAGCUUAUCAGAUAAGGUACAGUAUUAUCGUAGCUUUUGAUUGUUCAUUCUCAGUAUUAUACACUCAUCUGGGAGAAAAGCUUAGAUCCGAGGCAUUUGUUUAGAGUAAUGUGUGGGGGAUAGAAGUGGAACUGUAUGCAAUAAAAAUUAAAUUCAAAAAAUAUAUAUAUACUGUUUGUUUGUGUGAACAUGUUUUAAAAAAAAAUGCCUCUUAGACUGCAUGAAAUCAAGUUCCGUCAUGAAAAGUCAAUUUUCCACGGAUGAGUCCUUUACACUGAGUGAAUAUGAUCAGGCUUUUAUUACAAAGCUCAUUUGGGCAGCGAGUUUCAAAUCAUAUUUUUUUUUUUAACUUUUAUAUAGCUUUCAUUGUGUCCAUUUCUCACUUUUGUCCCGUUUGUAUUAUAUCCGUACUGUACAGAAAGCGCAUAUAAAUUAUCUUGUCCAAAAUAAAAACCAA